GCGCCGCUUCAAUGUAGUCCCGGAUCCCCGGGAGACGGAGGAGGAGGGGGCGACCGCAAGAUGGCGGAUCUUUCACUGCUUCAGGAGGACCUGCAGGAGGAAAUAGAAGGAUUUGGUGUGGAUGACUACAGCUCAGAGUCUGAUGUGAUUAUUAUACCUUCAGCCCUGGAUUUCGUCUCACAAGAUGAAAUGUUGACGCCAUUGGGAAGACUAGACAAGUAUGCUGCAAGUGAGAACGUAUUUAACAGACAAAUGGUGGCCCGAAGCUUGCUUGACACUUUGAAGGAAGUCAGCGAUGAUGAAAGAGAUUGUAUUGCUGUAUUGGAAAGAGUCAGCAGAUUAGCUGAUGAUUCAGAGCCAACUGUGCGAGCUGAACUGAUGGAACAGGUGCCUCAUAUUGCAUUAUUUUGUCAAGAAAAUCGACCUUCAAUCCCAUAUGCUUUUUCCAAAUACUUGCUGCCUAUUGUGGUUAGAUAUCUUGCAGAUCAGAAUAACCAGGUGAGAAAAACAAGUCAAGCAGCUUUGCUGGCUUUGCUAGAGCAGGAACUUAUUGAUCGAUAUGAUGUGGAAACCAACGUAUGCCCAGUUCUUAUAGAGCUAACUGCACCAGAUAGCAAUGAUGAUGUGAAGACAGAAGCUGUGGCAAUAAUGUGCAAGAUGGCACCUAUGGUUGGAAAGGACAUCACAGAACGACUUAUCCUCCCUAGGUUUUGUGAGAUGUGCUGUGACUGCAGAAUGUUUCAUGUUCGGAAGGUCUGUGCUGCCAAUUUUGGAGACAUUUGCAGUGUAGUUGGGCAACAAGCCACUGAAGAAAUGUUGCUUCCAAGGUUUUUCCAGCUUUGUUCAGAUAAUGUAUGGGGAGUAAGAAAGGCUUGUGCUGAGUGUUUCAUGGCUGUUUCAUGUGCAACAUCUCAAGAAAUUCGUCGGACAAAAUUGUCAACACUUUUUAUUAAUCUGAUCAGUGAUCCUUCACGAUGGGUUCGUCAAGCAGCCUUUCAGUCUCUGGGACCUUUCAUAUCAACUUUUGCUAAUCCAUCUAGCUCAGGCCAGUAUUUUAAAGAAGAAAAUAAGAACUCGGAAGAUAUUGUGCUAGAAGAAAAAACCAGAAUCGGAGAUGGAGAUGACUUCUCAGAGAAUGUACAGUUCAGGACAGAGGCUAUUCCUUUGGAUGUCUGUCUUUGUAAAUCCAGCUUAAGACUUGAAAAUAACCUGGAUGAUCACACUCAAACAUGUAGGAAAUCCUUGAGUGAAUCUCAUAUUCACGUGGAUAGGUCUUUACAUUCUACUUUGUCUUCAGUAUCUCUCCAUAGUAUUCUUCAGGAAGCAGUUGAUGAAAUUGAGCAAAGUUCUGACAGUUGUGCUAUAACAUUGCUACCAGAAAUGGACAUAAGUUCUCCGGAACAACCUUACUUAGAUCAGGAAUUAUAUAACUCCUUCCAUUUCUGGAGGACUCCUCUACCCGAAAUAGAUCUAGAUCUAGAGCUUGAGCAAGAUACUGAGAAAACUCUUGAGAGUCCAGAAGGAACACCAAAAGUUACUAUACCAGAUUCUCCAAAUAUUACUAUGGCUACACGAAAGGAACUUGAAGAGAUGAUAGAAAAUCUUGAGCCUCACAUUGAUGAUCCUGAUGUUAAAGCACAAGUAGAAGUAUUAUCUGCUGCACUUCGAGCCACCAGUAUGGACACUCAGGAAGAAAAGAUGGUCAGCUUAGCCAGGGAAAAUGACUUACAAGAUGAAAUCCUUAUAAAAGAGCUACAGAAUUGUAAAAUAAGUCAAGAUGAUCCUGUGCCUUUAAUCAACGAUACUGUUGAGAGUAUGGAUUCAACUCUCCAAUACAUCCAUAAUGAUUCAGACUUGAGCACCGAUAAUAGUUUUAGCCCUGAAGAGGAAAGAAAAUCUAAAGUACAAGAUGUUGUGCCUCAGGCAUUGUUGGAUCAGUAUUUAUCUAUGACUGAUCCCUCUCGUGCACAAACCGUUGACACUGAGAUUGCUAAACACUGUGCAUAUAGCCUUCCAGGUGUGGCACUUACACUUGGCAGGCAGAACUGGCACUGUCUAAGAGAGACUUAUGAGACGCUUGCAUCAGAUAUGCAGUGGAAAGUUCGGAGGACAUUAGCAUUCUCUAUCCAUGAGCUUGCAAUAAUUCUUGGAGACCAAUUGACAGCUGCAGAUCUGGUUCCAAUUUUCAAUGGGUUUUUAAAGGACCUUGAUGAAGUCAGGAUAGGGGUCCUUAAACACUUACAUGAUUUUCUGAAGCUACUUCAUAUGGACAAAAGAAGAGAAUAUCUUUAUCAGCUUCAGGAGUUUUUAGUAACAGAUAAUAGCAGAAAUUGGCGCUUUCGAGCUGAACUGGCUGAGCAGCUGAUUUUACUUCUAGAUUUAUACAGUCCCAGAGAUGUAUAUGAUUACUUACGACCAAUUGCUCUGAAUCUAUGUGCAGACAAAGUUUCUUCUGUUCGUUGGAUUUCCUACAAGUUGGUUAGUGAAAUGGUAAAGAAACUGCACAUGGCUACACCACCAACAUUUGGAGUAGACCUCAUAAAUGAACUUGUGGAAAAUUUUGGUAGAUGCCCAAAAUGGUCUGGCCGACAGACAUUUGUCUUCGUCUGCCAGACUAUCAUCGAAGAUGAUUGCCUUCCUAUGGACCAGUUUGCCGUGCAUCUGAUGCCACAUUUGUUAAAUUUAGCAAAUGAUAGUGUUCCAAAUGUUCGAGUACUACUUGCAAAAACAUUAAGACAGACUCUCUUAGAAAAAGAGUAUUUCUUAAGUUCUGCUAACUCUCAUCAGGAAGCUGUGGAACAAACAAUUAUGGCUCUUCAGAUGGAUAGUGACAGUGAUGUCAAAUAUUUUGCAAGCAUUCACCCUUCCAAUACCAAAAUUGCUGAAGAUGCUAUGAGUACAGCUUCUUCAACUUAUUAAAGAGCCCAAGUCUCAUUGUCUCUUCUGCUUAAAACUCCACAAGUGCUCCUCACAUGGAUGAUCUGGGACAGCCUUUUCUGAAGGAGGAAAGAUCUCCCUCUCUUGCCAGACUUACUACAGGUGCCAGUUACCUACACCUGAUGCCAGGGAUCUUAAGAGUCAAGUGAAAGUAUGGUAAACUAUCUCAUCUUGACUUUAGGAAAUACUAAUUUCUCAGAGGAUUAUACUUGUCACCGAAGCCUUAAAUCCUUCUGUCUUCCUGAAUGAAUGAAACUUGAAUUGGCAGAGCAUUUUGGAAGGGAUGACAGUCCCAUAAACCUGCAUUGUUUUCUCCUCAGGAGUUAACUUAGCAAGUUUUACUUUAGCAACAAGUAGAUGACAUACUCAUAGCCAUAAAGGCAGAUGUGUUAUAACAGGAUGUAAAAGAGACCUCCAGUAUUAGCUCUAAACAUUUUUUUCCAGGCAAGGACUUGAUUGGGUGCUGUGGCUUGCUGCCUGGCCCCAUCCUGAGUAAGUGUGAAUAGUUUUUGAUGUGUGUAAAUUGGGAAACUAGAAAUUUUUGGAUUUCUCUUAAGGGCUUGAUGCUAACACUAAACUAGAAUCUGAUUUUAACUCUUAAAUGCAGCAUAUUGCUGUAUUCAUUAGCAGAAACCUUCGCUGAAUACCUAUGUCCUAUUUUUUUUUCAUGCUGGUCAUGACCUGAAGGAAAUUUAUUAGCACGUGUACUAUAUGUCAGGUAUUUUUAACUUGAUCAUGAUCAGCUCUGAGGUGCAACUUUUUUCUUCACAUACUGUACAUAUCUGUGACCACUCUUGGGAGUGCUACAGUCUUUAAUCAUGUUGUUUAAAACUGUUGUUGUGACACAAGUUGUUCUCCACUUGUCCAAAUAAAAUUUAUUAAUAAGAUGUA